CUUUUCUCUUUCAUUGUACACAAGAGACAAAUGAAUGGUACAUGGAAUCUUUUGAGUAUUUUUUUCACUCUUAGAUGUCAUAGCCACUGCUCUAAUAUUUAGUAUUUAUUAAUUCUAUUGACAAAAACAAAAAUCAGAAAAAUAUUUACUAUUAGUAAAUGCCAAGUUCUAAGACAAAGUUUAUUUAUCUAUAUGCAAGAUUUCUUUCAAGUUUCACGUGUAAAUUGUUGUAGGAAGCUAUUCCUUUAACUGUUUCAUGUUAAUUAGUUACUACAUGCUUUUGGAAUAAAACAGUUCAUAAAGUCUUUCUUUCAUUUCCUUGGUUUUUGAGAAGAAAAAAUAGUUGCUAGCUUAGGUUGAAUUUUCAUUGAGUAUUCAAAAUUCUCUCCCUUGGUUUUUGAGAAGGGUAUUGUGAUGAAUAAAGAAUUCAGCUGAAAAUUCAUUUAUGAAACCUGAAAGAUCUUAGCCAAAAACCUGUGUUGAAAAUAAGUUCAAGCAUCAUUCAAGUGUUUCUUUAUAAUCAAGCAUCUUUAAAGUGUUGAAAUGGAAGGGAGAGGAUUUUCUGGUUUAUACAAGAAUUCAAGUGAGGAGUUAUUCUUGAAGACAGUGAUGGAGAGUCCUAUUGGUAUGCCGGUACCUACCAUGGAGAUGUUAGGAUUCAAGACUGUUUCUCAAAGCUUUCGCACCGAUAGUGAAGAGCUUUUCAAACGCUGGCUAACAAAUGAUCAAGAGGGAUACAAUUCAUCAAGCAUGGGACUUAACAGUCGUUUGUCGAAGAGAAUAUCAACUGAAAUAGCUAAUAUGUCUAAUCAACAACACAUUGGUGUGGCUUCAGAAGGAAGAAACAAUGAUAAAUCAUGCUUACAAAAUAACUUCUUGGCAAAUGAUGUUUCAAGUGAUUUCAAUUUUCCAAUCAGAGAUCCUGUUGAUAGAGAAUUGCAAUCUAGUAACUUGUUUCUGGCCAAGGCCUGGUUUAUUACCGAUCAACGAAUGACAAGAAGCCGGUCUUCUGAAUUGCGGUAUCACUAUCACACCUUGCGAAGGUAUACUGAAAUGCAAAAUUCUCAAGCACCACAAGGAUUGGAUUCUAUGUUCAUGGUUCCUGAGCAUGAUACUAACACUAUAAAAGAAGAACUUGCAAAUUUUAAUGGGUUUGAUUACCUUUCCAUGUGUGAGUUACCAAGCCAAAAGGGCACAUUCAUGUCUCCAUCCAACUCAUCUUCGUCUACCUUCAACACACAUCAAUUGGUUGAUGUAGAUAAAGUUUCAUCUUGUGUAAGUAUGCUAAAAGGUACAUUACAGCGCAAGAAACUCGAAUGCCAAGUCGAGAAAGAAGCUGCAGAAGAUGGCUUGAAUGAAAUAUUUUGCAUUCGAGAACCUCUUUUCCAAUCAGCUUUUAAUGAAGAAGAAAGUUGGAAUCAACAAAAGCUAGUAAACGUUCAAGGAGAUUUUACCGAUCAAGUUAACGAUCCCGGAGUCAUGCAAACCCUUGAAGGAACCACAAACUUUGUCUUAGAUGGUUUUGCAAAUCAGACGAACCAAAUACAAGGCAGAACAGCUUCUGGAGAACCGUCUCAAAGUGAAUCUUCUGCUGCUGCACCAGUAAUCUCAUCUGGCUUAGAUGCAUGUGAAGGUCCCAGCAAUUCAAAUCAAACUCUUGGUGAUAGCUCAUGGAAACAAGUGGGAGAAAGCACUCAAAAUAAAGUCAGAGGUGUCAGAGAACAGAUAAUGGAUAAUCUGAAAGAUGACAGAAAGAGGAAAAGUCUAGAAAGAUAUGGAUCUGUAACAUCAGCUGUUUCAGAUGGCAAGAUGGAUAACACAAAAAAGCGGAGGGUGGAGCGCUCAAGAAAAAUGGCUGAAGCAAAGGAAAGAAAUUUGACACCAACAAUUCCCUCAGAUAUGCAAGCUAUCUUGAAGCGAUGCGAAAACCUUGAGAAGGAAGUUCGAUCACUAAAGCUUAAUUUGUCCUUCAUGAAUAGGAAGGAUUCUGAACAAACAAAGCAGAUAGAGGACCUUCAGAAGCAGAAUGAAGACUUGGCGGAUGAAAAAGAGCGCCUCCUCGAAGAGAUUGAAAGAAUUCUAUCAGAAACUGGAAAGAUUUGAUGUUUUGUUUCGCUGUUAUAUCCUUAUCCUCGUCAGAAACAAUGUAGUACUCAGACAAGCUAAAAAUCUCACCACAGUUUACUUGUGGAUGAAACAGCUUAGGUAAAAGUGAAAACAGUGAUUAAUAGUGAACCUAUGGAGUCUAUUAGCAAAAUAUAAAUGCAUGGAAUCUGAGAUAUUAGUAAUGACAUUAUAUAUCUGGUAAAAUCUAAGUGUUAUUCAAAAUUUGAGCCAUAUAAAUGAAUCCGGUAAAUUUAAACA